AUGUCACUUAUCCACAAUGUGCUGAUAUGUCAUGAUCUUCUAAGACACUACAACAGGAAGACAACUCCAAGGUGCUUGAUGAAGAUUGAUCUAAAGAAGACCUAUGAUAUGGUGAGAUGGGAAUUUCUGGAGGAAGUACUCAGAGGAUAUGGUUUUCCAAUGCCAUUCAUCCAACUGAUAAUGGUGUGUGUUACAAAAACUACUUUUACUGUCAAGGUGAAUGGCGCAGGAUAUGGCUACUUUGAAGGAAAAAGGGGAUUGAGGCAGGGAGACCUAUAUGAUCUGAUGUUAUUUUGCAAAGGUAACAGUCAAUCUAUCCAUAGGAUGUUGGAAGUGUUGAAUCAUUUCAGUGCAGUGUCAGGGUUGGUAGCAAAUAUGGAGAAGUCAAACAUAUAUUUAGCAGGAAUGGAUGAAGCAAGUAAACAGGCUAUAGUGAGUGCUACAGGUUUCUCAGUGGGUACACUACCAAUGAGAUACCUGGGACUACCAUUAACAUCAAAGAAAUGGGGCAAGGUAGAAUGUCACCAGCUAGUAGAGAAGAUCACUACAAAUAUCCAAGCAGGCUAUGCUAAACUUCUGUCAUAUGCAGGUAGGCUGCAAGUGAUCAAUUCAGUACUGUUUGCAAUGUAUAACUUUUGGGGGGCUGUCUUUAUACUUCCUCAAAGUGUUAUAAAAGCAAUUGAUAGGAAGUGUAGGGAGUAUCUAUGGGGCACUACAGAAGGACACAGGAAGAUGGCAUUGAUAUCAUGGGAAGUUCUAUGCAGACCAAAGAAGUAUGGUGGAAUGAACAUAAAGGGAUGUAAAAAUUGGAAUAUAGCAUCAGUUGGAAAACUACUAUGGCAAUUAAUGACAAAUAAAGAAGUGUUGUGGGUGAGAUGGGACACUGCUGCCAAGACACAGAUUUGUCCUGUGGCUGGCAUUCCAACAAAAAAUGCAAACAAAAAGCAGAUUAGUACAAAUGAACAUCCCUAUAACAGUUGGUUUAAAAACAUGAGAGAUGCACUAACAUGCUGGGCAGCAAUAAGGUUACCAAACAUGGCAGUACCAGAGAUGUUACGGUGGAUCAAAAGAAGGCAUUGGAAACAAAUAAAGAAGGAGGUUGCAGCAGCAAUCAUAGGAGCAAUG